AUGACCAGGGAAGAUUUGGAGAGAACCGACGAUGAAAGAAGAAGAAAAAACCGAUGGGUAACGGACGCGAUCUUUUGUGAAGACAUACAAAUGUUGUUUGUGGCGAAUUCAACCAGAAGUGUUGCUAUAUAUGAAGCUUCCGGACUCAAACAUGAGCCGUAUUGGUUGAUAAUGGGGGUACAUCAUGUAAUUGAGUGUUUAUCCUAUAAAAACCUCUAUCAUACUCAAUCAGACACCAAACCAAAAUGUGCCUUAUUUGCUGGUACCAGCAGUGGAGAUGUAGUGGUGUUUAAAUUUAUUCAGCCGACUAGUUCAUUGUUAAGAAGAAAGCAUAUGGACAGAAUUACAUUGUUCUACUGGGAUGGAUGUAACUGUUUCUCAUUUAGUACAACUCUAAAUAUUUUGGUGACUGGAAGCGAUGAUAAAACAAUAAGAGUAUGGAAUUCGGUAUUAGCUUCCAACACAAUCGCAGUUUUUACUGGACACCAACAAAAAAUUAUAGACGUAGCUAUAAUGGACAACCAGAAAACAAUUUUGUCUUUCUCUGAAGAUGGAAUACUAAAACUAUGGGAAAUAAAUGAAAAUAAAUGCCUCCAAACAAUAAAUAUUGAAUUUCCAGCUUUUAAUAUACUAGGAAAACGUAUAGAAUUUGGCAGAAGAAAUAUUUACCCAGGUGCCAAACGUAGCUCGAAGUAUCUGCGAUGUAAAAAUAACAUCAAUUUGCAUAAAAAAUAUUUCGGUAUUUCAGAAGUAGAGGAGAGGCCAAGCUUAGAUGAAGAAAUUCGAGGUAUCCAUACAAACAAAUGGGAAAGAUCAAAUAUUUUGCUGACUUGUUGUAAUCACAUUGCCUGCAUACGGACAACCUUUGAAGACAAUAACAUUGAAAGAUCGAACGAAAUGUCCAUUUUACCUUCACCUCCUUUACAAAAUAGUGUGUUAAUACCAAAUUGUUGGCAGAUACCUAUUGCAGAACUAAAGGAAGACAGCCAGUGUAAGGACGAAACUGGCACAGAAGUAAACGAGGAAUUAACUUUUAUAAGAGAAAAGGAUUUCUUUGAUUUGGGAACUGUAAAAACUGAUAUAAACUAUAAGAUUGCAGUACUAGAAGCCAAAAAGAUGCAGAUGAAGGCCCACGUUGCUAGCGGAGCUCCAUAUCUAGCUUUAGAUCUUACCGAAUUCGAAGAGCUUAAGCUUUCAGAUAAUCUUGUCAUACCAGAGAAAAAGGAAAUCAAAAACACGAUAGAUAAAAUCAAAAAACGUUUAGAAGAUGUUUCUAUGAGGGAAAAAGCUUUCUCAGAACCGUCCAGCAGUAGAUCAAAAAAAUCUUCUAGAAGCAGUGUGAUUUCAAUUAUGUAA